AUGCAUGUGAAUUUCAAAUAUGAGAACCAAGUGAAUAUUGUGCUAGCUUUAAUGACGAUUCACAAUUACAUUAGAAUGAGUGGUGGUGGUGGUGAUGAAACAUUUCAGAGAGCGCAAGAAGAAUCUUACAUUCUUCGUCGUGAUGUAGAGAUUGAAGGCGGUAAUGAAGCACAUGAAGAAGGAUCAAGUGCACAACGUAUUCAUGUCGAAAAAGAGGGGUUUUACUCUGUCGGGAUUUCUAAAUAUGCCACGCCACCGGCGCUACCAGAGCAACCAUCAAAACCCAACAUAGUUAUUAAGAAAUCAUCCCAAACAGUUAAUCUAUCCAGUUUAGAACUUAUCCAUAGACCAUAAUACACACUACACAAAAACCAAGUAUGACCCCUGUUUCAUCUAAGCAGUACACAGG